AUGCUGACCAGCUUAAUGGAGGGUCUUCUCUGCUGCCUCACCUCAAAGUCGGCUAACAUUGUGGCUCCUGCAGAAACCUCAGAAUCCACGGAUGGCUAUGAGUUUGUGGAGGUGAAACCAGGCCGCGUACUGCGGGUUCGACACAUCAUCCCCGACCGGCCAGUGGUGGAGGAGCCCACCGGGCCCGGUGGGACUGUCAGCUGCAAACGAAAGAUCACAGUAUAUCGUAACGGACAGCUUUUCAUUGAGAACUUGGGUGACAGGGCGAGUGCAGAGCUUAAAAACUGCCAGAAUGGAGAGGCAGAACCAAAAAACACUGUAGAGGUUGAACUGACAGACUGUGGGAAGUCCUCGGCGCCGGUCAGCAUCCCUGAGGCCGGGCCUGAGUCCGUCGCAGCUGGAAAAGAUGGGACGGCUGAAACAGUAACUGGAGGAGAUGCACCUGCUGCUGGUCAGACGGACCAGUCGCAGCAUCCCAGGAAGCGCAGGAGGAAGCCCAAGCGCACUGUGGUGAUCGACUGUGAGAGGAAGAUAUCGUCCUGUAAAGGGACACAUGCAGACGUGGCUCUGUUCUUCAUCCAUGGAGUGGGAGGCUCACUGGACAUCUGGAACAGCCAGGUGGACUUCUUUUCCAGGCUGGGCUAUGAGGUGAUCUCCCCGGACCUGGCAGGUCACGGAGCCAGCUCAGCACCACAGAUAGCUGCUGCCUACACUUUCUAUGCCCUAGCUGAGGAUAUGAGACUUAUCUUCAAGAGAUAUGCACGCAAGAGGAAUAUUCUCAUAGGACAUUCUUACGGUGUGUCGUUCUGUACCUUUCUGGCCCACGAGUAUCCAGAGCAGAUCCACAAGAUGGUGAUGAUCAACGGAGGCGGUCCCACAGCUCUGGAGCCCAGCCUCUGCUCCAUCUUCAACCUGCCCACCUGUGUGCUUCACUGCCUCUCGCCGCUGCUAGCCUGGAGCUUUCUCAAGGCUGGCUUUGCUCGGCAGGGUGCCAAGGAGAAGCAGCUGCUGAAAGACAACAAUGCCUUCAAUGUGUCGUCCUUUGUGCUGCGCGCCAUGAUGAGUGGGCAGUACUGGCCUGAGGGGGAUGAGGUCUACCAUGCUGAACUCACAGUGCCCAUCCUGCUGGUUCACGGCAUGCAUGACAAGUUUGUCCCCAUUGAAGAGGACCAGCGCAUGGCUGAGAUCCUUCUGAUGGCCUUCCUGAAGGUCCUGGAGGACGGCAGUCACAUGGUCAUGAUGGAGUCUCCUGAGGCUGUCAACACACUGCUGCAUGAGUUCAUCCUGUGGGAGCCGACCACCUCUCCACCGCAGAAGAAAGAGUCCAAAACCCGUCCAGAAACUGCUCAAACCCAAUCUGACAACACCAAGGCUACAUCUGACCCUUCCAAGGUCCGACCUGCAACUGCAAGGCAGAGCUCAUCAAACAGCAACACACAGGAGAAGCCAAACAGCAAGGCCAAGAAAUGA